AUGAAAGAUCAGAAGCUACAUUGCAGAGUUGAUGCUACCAUUAAUAACAAUGUUACUAUGAAUGGAGGGCCAUCAAAGGUCCGGGUUUCAAAAUGGAGAUCCAAAGCUAUUGAAGUGUUCGAGGAAGCCCCUUUGCGUGCCGUUAUCGAAACCUGUCUGAGCUACUUUGUUCUUCUAUUUAUUGGGUAUAUCAGAGAUUUGCUACGAAAAUUUGGUAUUGAAAAAAUGGAUGUUGCUAAGGAACAUGGAAACGAGGGUUUUGUCCCGUUAUAUUCUGGUUACCAUAGUUUCUAUACACGUAAUGUAUAUACUCGUGUACGUGACUGCUUUAAUCGGCCAAUCAGUAGCACUCCUGGUGUCAAGUGUGAUAUCAUGGAACGAACCAGUGAGGACUAUAACUGGCAUCUGAAUGUUACUGGUAAGUCAACAACUUGUGUCAACUUGGGUUCGUAUAACUAUCUUGGAUUUGCCGAGGACACCGGACCUUGUGCUGAAGCCUCUGAAAUAGCCGUACGGAAAUACGGUGUUGGAGUAUGCAGUACACGACAGGAGUACGGCAAUCUUGAUAUCCACACAAGACUUGAAAGACUUGUAGCGCAGUUCUUAGGCUUAGAUGCGGCUAUGGUGUUCGGUAUGGGGUUUGCUACCAAUGCCUUGAACAUUCCUACACUGCUAGGAAAGGUUGGUUUUAUAUAUGCUGAUCGGAUGCACGUUCAAAUGUAUUUUACGUCACAUCAAACAUUUGACAUUAUAUAUUUGUUCAAACCAUAUUUUUAUUUUCUAUUAUUCACAGAUAUGAAGAGUUUGGAGGCUAGAUUGCGAGAUGCGAUCAUCCGUGGUCAGCCACGAAGUCACAGACAGUGGAAGAAAAUACUUAUUGUUGUUGAAGGCAUAUACAGUAUGGAAGGUUCUAUCGUGAAUUUGCCAGAGUUAGUGAGACUCAAGAAGAAGUACAAGGCUUAUCUUUACUUAGAUGAAGCUCACAGUAUAGGAGCUUUGGGUCCGAAUGGACGAGGUGUUGUCGACUAUUAUGGGAUGGAUCCUCAUGACAUUGAUGUCAUGAUGGGUACAUUCACUAAGAGUUUUGGUGCUGCCGGAGGUUACAUUGCAGGAACAAAGGCACUGAUAGACCUUUUAAAGUCCCGCUCACAUAGUGCAACGUAUGCUUCCUCAAUGUCUGCUCCUAUUGCACAGCAGAUAAUAACAUCUAUGCAAUGCAUCAUGGGAUUGGAUGGAAGCACUCUAGAAACCAAAAUGAAAAAGGUUGUCAGACAAGCAACUAAAAUUAAGCCUGCAAAAACAAAUUUUUCAUCGGAAUCACAACAGAUAGCAAGCACGUCUAGGUCAUAUUAUGACCAACCUCGCGAGUGGUUUGAAAGGAAUGAUUACGCUGAAAUAUUCGCAUCAACACGAGAGAGUUUCAACUACUUAACCGAUGACGACACCGAUACUGCUUUCAGUAGAAAAUGUUUGGAGAAGAAAAUUGGUGUAGUAGUCGUAGGUGCUCCUGCUACUUCAGCUUUUGAAUGCCGUGCUCGGUUCUGCUUGUCCGCAGGUCACACCAAAGAAAUGCUAGACCAGGCAUUGCAAGUAAUAGAAGAAGUAGGAGAGGAGUUAAACCUGAAAGUUUCCUCGCUUCCAAUGAAGAAAAAGACAGCAAUCACCACUGAUGAGUUAAAAGAAUGA